AUGGCUGAUGUUGUUCUAGGCUCCCAGUGGGGCGACGAAGGAAAGGGAAAGCUCGUGGAUAUUCUCUGCGACCAGAUCGACGUUUGUGCUCGAUGCCAGGGUGGAAACAACGCUGGACACACCAUUGUGGUUGGUGAUGUCAAGUACGACUUCCACAUGCUGCCCUCCGGCCUUGUCAACCCCAACUGCCAGAACCUGCUUGGUUCCGGAGUCGUGAUCCACGUCCCCUCUUUCUUCGACGAGCUCAAGGCCAUUGAGGACAAGGGUCUUAACUGCCGAGACAGACUUUUCGUGUCUUCUCGAUGCCACUUGGUCUUUGACUUCCACCAGCUCACUGACGGUCUCAAGGAGCAGGAGCUGUCUACCACCAAGAAGGCCAUUGGCACCACCGGCAAGGGUAUUGGUCCUACUUACUCCACCAAGGCCUCUCGAUCCGGUAUCCGAGUCCACCACCUGGUCUCUCAGGAGCCUGGUGCUUGGGAGGAGUUCGAGUCUCGACUCCGACGACUUGUCGGCACUCGACAGAAGCGAUACGGUGACUUUGACUACGACGUCGAGGAGGAGAUCAAGCGAUACAAGAAGCUCGCUGACGAUCUGCGACCCUUCGUCAUCGACGCCGUCCCCUUCAUGCACAAGGCCAUCAAGGCCAACAAGCGAAUCCUCAUCGAGGGAGCCAACGCUCUGAUGCUGGAUCUCGACUUUGGUACCUAUCCUUACGUCACCUCCUCCAACACCGGAAUCGGAGGUGUUUGCACUGGUCUGGGUAUCCCCCCCACCGCCAUUCGAAACAUCUACGGUGUUGUCAAGGCCUACACCACCCGAGUUGGCGCUGGUCCCUUCCCCACCGAGCAGCUCAACAAUGUCGGAGAGCACCUGCAGGAGGUUGGUGCCGAGUUUGGUGUCACCACCGGCCGACGACGACGAUGUGGAUGGCUCGAUCUGGUCGUGCUCCAGUACUCCACCUGGAUCAACGGCUACACCAGCCUGAAUAUCACCAAGCUGGAUGUUCUGGACCAGCUGGAGGAGCUCAAGGUUGCCGUUGGCUACAAGCACAACGGUAAGGUGCUGGAGUCCUUCCCCGAGGACCUGCACGUGCUGGAACAGGUCGAGUGCAUCUACGAGACUCUGCCCGGCUGGAAGUCUGACACUACCAAGAUCACCGAAUACGCCGAGCUGCCCGAGAACGCCAAGAAGUACAUCGCCUUCAUUGAGAAGUUCCUGGACUGCCCUGUGCAGUGGGUUGGUGUUGGCCCCGGCCGAUCUCAUAUGCUUUCCAAGUCUGUCAACUAA